AUGACGACGAAUAGCAAACGAAUGACCCCUGUGGACGAGGACCUUCAAAGACUGUACAAUGAAGUUUGGGCAGGCUUUGAAGCUGAAGUUCAACAAGGAACCUCGAAUUCCACAGAGAAGGAGAUAGAGAACAUCUACAACGUCUAUGGCCGAGAACGGGGAGGAUCUACCUCGACAGCAAAUGCACCGGUCCAGUCUUCUUCCUCCUCUACAUCAUCGUUCAACAGACUAUACGCGGGCCCGGUUCAAGGACAUCUGCCCACGUCGUCAACACCAGGAACUCUACCGUCAGCGUCACCGGUAUCUCCCAGUUCACCCCGUCGUCGCUUGCCCCCAACACCUGGAGGCUCAACGUCGUCGACAGCAACCUUUCAAAUGCCUGAGCCGCAAGUCUAUCAGGAUCCCUCACAGCCUGCACGACCAAGUCCUUAUACCUUUGAUGGGCAUGGCGGCACUUACAGCAACCCGAACGAUCUUUUGAAGCAGGCCGUAACCACAAGCGGCCGUCGCUUACCGCAAACGCCAACAUCGCCCCAGUCGAAUGGAUACCAAGAGGCAGGACGUAGCAGUCCGACCCCGUCAAGCCGACUCUCCUACUCCCCGCAAUCGCCUUCAUUCGACAAAUAUUCCAAACCUCUACCAGACCCUUACAACGGCAACCAAAGGAGCAGCAUGGUGAAGGUGCCGUACGAGCUUCCGCCAGGUGCUUCUGCGCCCACGAUUCCAGAGUAUGUCGUCAAUGACUACCAAGCUUCCUUCAACGCAUACGAAUCCGACGGUCCGAGGAACGAUCGGACCCAUGGAAACACCGACAUGUUAAGCGCCCCAUCUCAGCCCCAAUCGAUCUCUCACCAGGCCAGCUAUGAAACGUUGGGCGCCAGUCGAUACAACGCAUCUGCGUCUCUACCGCAGCUAAAUACUGGAUAUGACCAUUCCUAUUCAGCUGGACCAUCCUCGUCAAGUCAACGCUCUGUUUACGAAACCCCGACAACGUCGACGUUCCCUCCCGCUUCGGCGUAUUACGACAACCAGCCAUCCUCAUCGUCCAGCACAAACUUGCCUGGAUCAAGCGGGGAGCAAUGGCCCGCCGAACAGGAUCUUCAUCGCCAUGAGCAGGAUCCUAACUCCCUCUACAGGCGCCCGACUGAUGUACUACGGACUAUGGCAGAUUUCGAGGAACGACAUCAAGAGAAUCAUGUCCAGCCCGCAGACUUCCACGACCAUGUUGUCGACGAUUAUUGGGACGAAGAGGAAGAAGAUCCCAGCAUGUUCAUUAAUCUGUCCCUGCUCUCACACAUCGCCGUCCAACUUAGGGACAAGAUUCCCCGUGCAACUCACGUCAAAGGCGGCAUCCCUUACGACCGCGCCUUUACUGGGAAGGACGUUGUGUCCACCAUUCAAGGGAUGAUUCAGCGAGAGUUGGCUAUCAAUCACGGACUCUCUACCAGCGAUCGCCGUGUUGCCGUACAAGUUGCGAGGAGCCUGCAGAGCCAACUAUUCUUCUACGAGGUCGAAUGGGGAGGUGCCGUCCUACAGGACGGCGUAGAGGAUGUGUACAUGUUCCUCGAUGAUCAAGAGGGAGGGUCUUCCGUCCGAGAGCUUGAGGAACUUCCUACAGGUGUCAUAACCAUGUUAACGCGAUGCUACUCCCCAAGCUGCGGGGAUGGUGUAUCGUGUUACGCCUUUGGAUGCCCCCGCAAGGGUAACUUCACGCUUGAGGCGGUUGCCAGUCCUGUCGAUGCGGAGCCAAUGGGAAGCAAGGCCAAGAGAGAGUCUUGGUCGGCCUCCAUUGAUCCAGUAGUACUCAGUUCCUUGCCGGAGAGCGAGGUGAAGCGUCAAAGCAUCAUCCAUGGCCUAGUCGUUAGGGAGGAGCAAUAUGUUCAAGACCUGGACAUCGUCGAGACCGUGUUUUUAAGACCCCUCCGCCGCUCUGGUGCAACGAUCAUGCCCCAGGUGGAACUCGAAGACUUCAUAGACGAAGUGUUUGGCAACAUCCUGGAUCUUCGAGAGUGUAACCGCCGUUUGCUUGAAGUCUUGUAUGUCCGACAACGGGAGCAAGCGCCGAUAAUACAGAAAAUCGGGGACAUUUUCUUGGAGGCGGCGACAGAGUUCCGUUUGGCGUACCCGACCUACAUUGGCCACUAUCCGGUUUCAGAGAAGCGGCUCAAGGACGAGCUCGAGAAGAACCAUGAAUUCCGGUUGUUUGUCGAGCGCUGUUCAAGGGAAUCGUCAAGACCUGGCGAUACUGUUCGCUUCGACCUCAAGCAUUUCCUCGGCCGACCUUCCGAACAUUUGCAAAAAUAUCCCGUUCUCCUCGACGCAAUCCUCAACGAGACUUCCCCUGAAAAUCCUGAUGCCGAUUUCUUGAAGGAGGCUAUCACCGCUAUCAGCAGCCUCCAGUCGAUAUCCCAACUGAGGACGUUCCAGUCGGCUAUGUGCAAGGGACCUCCGGGGAAGUGGGAAUGGCAUGAUCUAGUGUCCGAAGGGUACCGCAAGUCUCUUCCCAAGAAAGAGGCGAAGCGGCAGUCCAUUAUCUUCGAACUGAUCAAGGGAGAGAUGGCAUAUGUGAAGGAUCUAGAGAACAUCGAAGUUCUUUUCAUCCGGCCUCUGAGGACAGCCAAUCCACCCAUCAUCAGCAGGGAGAGGCUAGACCAGUUCAUCGCUGACGUUUUCCACAACUAUGACGAGCUGCUGCAACACCACAGGAAGCUUGUUGAAGCAUUCCAGGAGAUUCAACGCGAGCAACACCCUGUCAUUCGGAGCAUCACCGACGCCAUGAUGGACGCAGCUCUGAACUUCAGAGAAGCAUACAUGGAAUAUAUUCCCAACUAUCCCAUUGCUGCCUAUCGGAUUGACGAUGAGAUGGCAAACAACCCUGCCUUCAAAGCUUUCGUUGAGCAAUGUGUGCGGCAUCCAGAUUCUCACCGUCUUGACAUGAAGAGCUUCGUUAACAGACCCAUCCCUCGUUUGCUGCGAUAUGAGCUGUUGUUGAAGGGAAUCAUGGAAGAGACCGAACCUGGGCACGAGGAUCACGAUAUGAUUCCGAAUGUCAUCGACGUGAUCAAAGCACUCGGAAAGGAGACAGAACCGGGUGUCUUCUCUGCAAAGCAAAAGGUCGAGCUAUGGCGUUACAACUCGAACAUUGUUUUCAACAAGCAGGGAGAGUUUGUAGAUAUGGACUUGCUCGAUCCCAACAGAAUCUUGAUCCAUUCGGGAAAGCUUCUUCGACAGCCAGAUAGCGGCCUGGAAUGGAACUGGAGCGAACUCUUCGUCCUCCUCUUCGAUAACUACCUGGUCAUGACCAAGAUCAAGGAGUCCAAGGAGAAGGAUGGCGUCGUCAAGUAUAUCGUAAAUCGAAGGCCGAUCCCUCUGGAUCUACUCACCCUGGUCAAUUACACCGACGCCCCGACUCAACGCGGUACCGGCCUCCUCCGUAACCUCCGAAACGACAGUGGCUUGCCUAUCCCUACUUUGACACCAGACUCAGCAUCAGAUGCUCGUGCGGUAUAUCCCCUUACGCUGCACCACAAUGGUCGAAUGGGUGGUGCCUACAUUCUCUAUGCGGAAUCCGCCCAAAUCCGAACGGAAUGGAAGGAGAAACUCGAGGAGGCGAUCGGUUUACGCAAGGCAGUUCAGGAGUCGAACAAGGUCUUCGAAGUUGAGACCUUGAGUUCAGAGACGUUCUUGGUGCCGCUGAUGGCCAGCGCCAACCAAGGACCUACAUGGGAACAGAAUAACGCUUUCACCGGGCGAGUAACAUGCUCUGUACCAUUCACUACACCGGACAGGCGCAGGCUCGUUGCUGUGGGUUGUCAGGAGGGUGUUUGGAUCGGGUAUCGCCACGACCCCAACUCGUUACGCCGGGUCCUUCACCUCAAAGCGGUUACUCAAUGUGCAAUGCUAGAGGAAUUUGGCAUUUUCUUGGUCCUCGCCGACAAGUCUCUGUUCGCCUACCACAUCGAAGCGCUGGUCCCUUCAUCUCCGCACACUCCUCAUUCGUCGCAAGUACCACAGAAGCUGAAUGGUACCAAGGAUGUCCACUUCUUCAGUGUUGGAACUUUACAUGGACGAACCUUGGUUGCUUAUAUGAAGAAGAAGGGGUUGGAUAGUAUUUUCCGAGUGCUGGAGCCUGUCGGCGACAAGAUCAACGAGAAGGUCAAGGCGCCUGUCGGGCUGGGUUCUCGCCUUGGCUUCAGGUCUACGAAGUCCGAAUGGUUCAGGAUCUAUAGGGAUUUCUUUUUGCCAUCCGAAUCGUUCGACUUGAUUUUCCUCAAAGCAAGAAUCGCCAUUCUUUGCGCGAAAGGUUUCGAGAUCAUGGACCUGAACAAUUUCAACUCCGUGACAAUUCCACAUACGGAAGACCCAAAGUUCAGUUAUUUGAGCAAGAGGUGUGACGGCUGUCGUCCGAUGGGAAUGUUCCGUUCUUUGGAGGAUGAAUUCCUUCUGUGCUACGAUGAAUUCGGUGUUUAUGUCGACAAGCAUGGCGAUCCGUCCCGUGGAGGUGUCACAAUCGAAUGGGAGGGAACCGCUGAACGAGUCGCAUUCCACCCUCCCCAUAUCCUUCUCUUCGAUUCUCGAUUCAUCGAGGUACGAAACAUCGAAACCGGAAGAUUGGCGCAAAUCAUUCCGGGCAACGACAUUCGCUGUAUCUGGGAUGGGCGAGGCGUGUCUACCAGAGUGACGGACAAGGUUCCAGUGGUGGACCCAGGCGAACCUCAAGAAGCUAAAGUCCACGCUGUAAUGACCAACCUUGUUACAGCCGAAGGUGCAGGUCGCACCAAGGCAAUUGCUCAGCAAGUCUUCGAGCUUGUUCCCACCGUUGCGCUAUAUCCUUCUCAAGAAACUCCGAAAAGACAACAACAAUUCCAGCAGCAGCAAGACCAAUACCUGUAUCAUCAGCAGGAGUUGUACCAUGCGCAACAACGCCAGCAGCAGCAACGACAGCAAUAUGCAUUCUCGGAUAACGCGUCAAUGUACACCUCUGGAACAGGAUAUGGCGUCCCCCAGCAGCAACACUACAAUGGCGGUUACGCUCCACGGACCUCUGAGGGAUACGCCAUGCCAGGCCCUUCAGAAGUUCGCCCUUCACCCACCAGUUCAUGGAGGUCUUGA